AUGGAAAGUGAAAUGAAUAAUAGAAAAGUAGUGUUGGACGAAGAAAUGUUAAAACUUAAAAAGAUUGUUGUUGAGUGUCUGGGCGAUGAAGACGAAAGUUCUUCCAAAGAAAUUAGCAAUGAAACUCUUCAUGCUCUUCAAUCUGAACUUCAGACAGUUGCUGAUGAACUGAGUGAAAUCAACUACUUCCCUUCUGACCCUGAUGAUGAUAUCGAUAAUGCUGUGACCAGAACUUUGGAGUCUCUCGAGUGCCCUGUAACAAUAGAGAUUGAAAGAAUUGGGUAUGGAGAAUAUUACCUUGACAGAAAAUUGUAUAUCAAACUUGGACCUAAGGGAGAACCUCUUGUAAAGAAUGGAAAUGGUUUUAUCACAUUAACAUCGUACGUGAAGAGAUUGUAUGCUCCUUUCUUCACAACUGAAAAGUAUAUCAAAGAAGAAGAGCAAUUAGAAAUAGAGUCACAAGCUCUUCAAUCAUCCAAAUUUGAAUCUCUUCUCCAAAAACUUUCCAAGACCAGGGAUUACAUUAAUAACUUACAAACAACCUCAAGAUCUGGAUCUAACUCACCUCCAGCUUCACCUCCAAGAAGAUCAUCCCCUCUCAGAAACAAUACUACUCUAAAUCUUUCUCAAUUAAAUAACAGCAAUGAGAGCCCUAAAGACUCCUCUUCAAAACUCAGCCCAAGAGAUGGACCAAAGUUGAUUCAAAAGAAAGAGAGGCAAGAGGAUGACAACAAGGAAGGAAGACCAAGCUCUGCUCCUCCAAAUACUAGGUACAUUAAUAUUCUCCAAAGAGCAGAAAAGAAUAAGAAGCUUUUGCCAAUCAAGCCAACCCCACAAGUAAGAAGACCACCUCCAAACAGCAUGACCUUUGAUAGAAGAAAUAGUCCACUUCCACCAAAUUAUGUCAUGCAUAACAACAACCUCCUUUUUGUAAAACAACCAGCAACCUAUGAAAAACAACUCUCAAACUAUGAGCAAGUUUUGGCUGCUCACCAAUCUGUCAAGAAACCAAUUGUUCCUCAAAAGUCUGCCUCAACAAAUAACAGUAGAGCAUCUUCACCAAGAAAUCAUCCAUCACAGCAGCAACAACAGCCACAAACCAUCAAGUCAACAAUGUUUGGUUCUAUUGAUUUGGGUGAUCCAAAGCAAUUGGAAAAAUUGAAGAAACAAGCCCUAAGAAUGCAAAUCCAACAAUUUAGUCAAAAACCAAUUCAUUAA